AAAAAAUUCUGCAAAAAUAAUCAUACUCAGCCUGGCAAUUGUCUGCCCCUAGGUCUGUUGCUCUGCCGCCGUCCACACUCACUGCAAGGGGGGGCACAGAAUUUACCGCGGCCAGAACAUCCCUCCCAGCCAGCAGACUACAAUGCUCCAAACUAAGGAUCUCAUCUGGACUUUGUUUUUCCUGGCAACUGCAGUGUCUCUGCAGGUGGAUAUUGUUCCCAGCCAAGGGGAGAUCAGCGUUGGAGAGUCCAAAUUCUUCCUAUGCCAAGUGGCAGGGGACGCCAAAGAUAAAGACAUCUCCUGGUUCUCCCCCAACGGAGAAAAGCUCACCCCAAACCAGCAGCGGAUCUCAGUGGUGUGGAACGAUGAUUCGUCCUCCACCCUCACCAUCUACAACGCCAACAUCGAUGACGCCGGCAUUUACAAGUGUGUGGUCACUGGUGAGGAUGGCAGUGAGUCGGAGGCCACGGUCAACGUGAAGAUCUUCCAGAAGCUCAUGUUCAAGAAUGCACCGACCCCACAGGAGUUCAGGGAGGGGGAAGAUGCCGUGAUCGUGUGUGACGUGGUCAGCUCCCUCCCCCCAACUAUCAUCUGGAAGCACAAAGGCCGAGAUGUCAUCCUGAAAAAAGAUGUCCGAUUCAUAGUCCUGUCCAACAACUACCUGCAGAUCCGGGGCAUCAAGAAAACAGAUGAGGGCACUUACCGCUGUGAGGGCAGAAUCCUGGCGCGGGGGGAGAUCAACUUCAAGGACAUUCAGGUCAUUGUGAAUGUGCCACCCACCGUCCAGGCCAGGCAGAACAUAGUAAAUGCCACCGCUAACCUUGGCCAGUCUGUUACCCUGGUGUGCGAUGCCGAAGGCUUCCCAGAGCCCGCUAUGAGCUGGACAAAGGAUGGGGAACAGAUAGAGGAUGAGGAAGACGAGAAGUACAUCUUCAGCGAUGACAGUUCUGAGCUGACCAUCAGGAAAGUGGAUAAGAACGAUGAGGCCGAGUAUGUCUGCAUUGCUGAGAACAAGGCCGGAGAGCAGGAUGCGUCCAUCCACCUCAAAGUCUUUGCAAAACCCAAAAUCACUUACGUAGAGAACCAGACUGCCAUGGAGCUGGAGGAACAGGUUACUCUUACCUGUGAAGCCUCGGGAGACCCCAUUCCCUCUAUCACCUGGAGAACUUCUACCCGGAACAUCAGCAGUGAAGAGAAGGCUUCGUGGACUCGACCAGAGAAGCAAGAGACCCUGGAUGGGCACAUGGUGGUGCGCAGCCAUGCCCGCGUGUCAUCCCUGACUCUGAAAAGCAUCCAGUAUACAGACGCUGGAGAGUACAUCUGCACUGCCAGCAACACCAUCGGCCAGGAUUCCCAGUCCAUGUACCUUGAAGUGCAAUAUGCCCCCAAGCUGCAGGGCCCUGUGGCUGUGUAUACUUGGGAGGGGAACCAGGUGAACAUCACCUGUGAGGUGUUUGCCUAUCCCAGUGCCACAAUCUCAUGGUUCCGAGAUGGUCAGCUGCUGCCAAGCUCCAACUACAGCAAUAUCAAGAUCUACAACAUGCCCUCAGCCAGCUAUCUGGAGGUGACCCCAGACUCUGAAAAUGACUUUGGAAACUACAACUGCACUGCGGUGAACCGCAUUGGACAGGAGUCCUUGGAAUUCAUCCUUGUUCAAGCAGACACUCCAUCCUCACCAUCCAUCGACCAGGUGGAACCAUACUCUAGCACAGCCCAGGUGCAGUUUGAUGAGCCAGAGGCCACAGGUGGGGUUCCCAUCCUCAAGUACAAGGCUGAGUGGAGAGCAAUGGGCGAGGAAGUGUGGCAUUCCAAGUGGUAUGAUGCCAAAGAAGCCAGCAUGGAGGGCAUUGUCACCAUCGUGGGUCUGAAGCCAGAGACGACGUAUGCUGUUCGGUUGGCAGCCCUCAAUGGCAAGGGCCUGGGCGAGAUCAGCACGGCCUCUGAGUUCAAGACACAGCCAGUCCAAGGAGAACCCAGUGCACCUAAACUUGAAGGGCAGAUGGGAGAGGAUGGAAACUCUAUUAAGGUGAACCUGAUCAAGCAGGAUGAUGGCGGCUCCCCUAUCAGACACUACCUGGUCAAGUACCGCGCGCUCUCCUCUGAGUGGAAACCAGAGAUCAGGCUUCCCUCCGGCAGUGACCACGUCAUGCUCAAGUCCCUGGACUGGAACGCAGAGUAUGAGGUCUACGUGGUGGCUGAGAACCAGCAGGGAAAGUCAAAGGCGGCUCAUUUUGUGUUCAGGACCUCGGCCCAGCCCACUGCCAUCCCAGCCAAUGGCAGCCCCACCUCAGGCCUGAGCACCGGGGCCAUCGUGGGCAUCCUCAUUGUCAUCUUUGUCCUGCUCUUGGUGGUUGUGGACAUCACCUGCUACUUCCUGAACAAAUGUGGACUUCUCAUGUGCAUCGCUGUCAACCUGUGUGGGAAAGCUGGGCCCGGGGCCAAGGGCAAGGACAUGGAGGAGGGCAAAGCUGCCUUCUCGAAAGACGAGUCCAAGGAGCCCAUUGUGGAGGUGCGAACUGAGGAGGAGCGGACCCCAAACCACGAUGGAGGAAAACACACAGAGCCCAACGAGACCACACCGUUGACGGAGCCUGAGAAGGGCCCUGUAGAAGCAAAGUCGGAGUGCCAGGAGACAGAAACGAAGCCAGCGCCACCCGCUGAAGUCAAGACGGUCCCUAACGAUGCCACACAGACAACGGAGAACGAGAGCAAAGCAUGACGAGUGAUGAGCAGUGAGCAAAGAUCAAAAUAGUGACGCAACUUCACCAGAGCA